AUGGCAGCCUUCGACACAGCACCCAGGCACGUGCUGGAGAAGCGGUACUUCGCCUACCCAGACAGCCUGGAUCCGCUCACACCCGUCUACCGCACCGGUCUGAUCCCCGUCACCAUCUUCGCCAUGAUGUCCCUCAUCGGCGUGACAGCCCUGCUCGUCUUCAUCACGCACCGCCUGAUCAGCUGGCGGAAACACUACCGGGAGUAUGUGGGGUACAACCAAUACGUGAUCCUGAUCUACAACCUGCUGCUCGCGGACCUGCAGCAGGCCAUCGCCUUCGUCAUGUCCUUCCACUGGCUGCGCAUCAACAAGAUCCUGGCCCCGACCGCGCCUUGCUUCCUGCAGGCGUGGUUCCUGCAGAUUGGAGACGUCUCGAGCGGCUUCUUCGUCCUCGCCAUUGCCGUCCACACUUGGCUGGGCGUGGUCAAGGGAUACAAGAUGCCGUACAGUUGGUUCAUCGUCUCGAUUCUAGCGCUGUGGGCCUUUGCUCUGAUCUUGACGCUCCUGGGGCCCGUCAUGCAUCAGGACCGCUACUUCGCGCGCGCCGGUGGAUGGUGCUGGGUCUCGGUUGAAUACCAGGACGAACGACUGUGGCUGCACUACCUGUGGAUCUUCAUUGUCGAGUUCGGCACCAUUGCCAUCUACGGACACGUUUUUGUUCACCUGCGUGGCCGCAUUCGAAGCAUCAUCAACAACGACACCACCAAGCUCAUGCGCGCGACAAAGUUCAUGGUCAUGUACCCGGCCGUCUACGUGGUUCUCACUCUCCCUAUCGCGGUCGGUCGUAUGGUCGCCAUGACCGGCACGCAGAUGCCUGAUGUAUUCUUCUGCGUCGCCGGCUCGCUCCUCACCUCGUGCGGUUGGAUCGACGCCCUGCUGUACGCCCUGACGCGCCGCAUCCUCGUCACAAACGACAUAUCCACCGCGCAGUACAACCGCACGGUCGUAACCACCAUCAACACGAACAACCCCGCCCGGCCCGGCGACGCUGAAGACUACGGCCUCGUGUCCAUGGACAAGGAGACGGUGCCCGCGCGCUCCAUCACCAUCGUCGGCGGCAGCAACCGGCUGUCGCGCAUGGUCGACCACCGCCGAGGACGCAGUCAAGCGCGGAAAUCGCAGCUGGGCUCCCUGCGUGACGUCAGCCCCACAGGCAGCCAGGACUCGAUCAUCAAGACGACCUCGCUGACGGACGGGAUCAAGGUCCAGGUCGAAACCAACAUCCACGUCGAAACGGCGAGUGUAGACGGCGACACCAUAACGCCGACAGGCGCAGAAAGCCAUGGCCCCACGAGGCCGCAUGCGCGGUGA